AUGGCCAAUCCACGGUGUGAUCUAAUAGUUGCUAGUUUUGUAAUCCUUACGACUUUUUGUGUUGUGUCGGAUUCAGCACGAAUUCUCGGUCUCUUCCCAACGCCAAUGAAAAGUCAUCUAAUAAUUCACAGUGCAAUUGCUGAAGCUUUAGCCGAACGUGGUCACGAUGUAACAGUUGUUUCAUCACAUCCCCCGCUAAAAAAGAAUCUUCCCUAUCGAUAUAUUCAGUUAAGUGUUCCGGGUAUUUCGUCAAAUGUUAUGGCCGAAGCAGUUAAUAACCCACCACCAUGGUACAAAAAGAUGUUCUUCUUCUUGGAAUCUAUGAAUCACUUUGCAAAUGCAAGUUUACAUCAGCCACCACUUCAGAAAUUGAUGAAAGAAGAAUCCUUCGAUUUGGUUGUUCAUGGAUAUUUCUUCAAUGAAUUUCUACUAGGUGUUUCGGCACAUUUCAAAUGUCCUGUUGUGAUGUCCUUUACAAUACAAACUGUUCCGAAUAUUAAUAAUUUGGUUGGAAAUCCUCAAGAGAAGUCUUAUGUACCGACUGUAAUGGCAGGUGGUAAGCAGCCAUUGGGUUUCUGGGAAAGAGUGAAAAACUUCCUCUUUGUCGGUUUCUUGGAAGAAAUUGCUUUGGAACUUUAUCUGUACUGGGCUCAAACGGAGUUGUACCAAGCCAACUUCCCAUCGGACAAGUAUCCUUCGUUAGCAGACAUGAAGAAGAAUAUUUCACUGAUAAUGACAAAUCAUCAUUUUAGUCAGAAACCAAUUCGUCCAAAUGUUCCUGGUUUGGUAGAAGUUGGUGGAAUUCAAAUCAAAAGUAAACCAGAUCCAUUGCCAGAGGACAUUAAGGAAAUUCUUGGCAAUUCCACUCAAAAUGGAGUAAUCUACUUCAGUCUUGGUACCAACAUCCACAAAAGUCAUCUUGAUAGUUCAAAAGUCAAAAUCAUAUUCGAAGUUCUUUCGAAACUUCCACAAAAAGUUCUAUGGAAAUGGGGUGAUUCAGAGGUUCCCGGGGAGUCGCCAAACAUAUUCUUCAAGAAAUGGUUACCACAAGAUGAUAUUCUCGCCCACCCGAAUGUAAGACUUUUCAUUACUCAUGGUGGUCAAGGAAGUGUUGUUGAAUCUCAAUACCAUGGUGUUCCAAUGGUGGGAAUUCCCCUAUUUAGUGAACAAGGUACCAAUGUUGGUAAUCUUGUUAAGGAAGGUUUUGGUUUGGGAGUGGAUUAUGCCACUUUAACGCAUGAUGAAUUCAGCAAAACAGUCAACGAAGUCCUGACAAAUAACCGAUACAGAGAUAAUGUUCAACGGUUUGCUAGAAUCUACAAGGAUCGACCAAUGACUGCUAAGGAAACAGCUGUUUAUUGGGUGGAAUAUGUUUUGAGGCAUCGUGGUGCACCGCAUAUGCAAAGUCCUGCGAUACAUUUGAAUCACUUCCAAUUAAUGUCAUUGGAUGUUAUUGGAUUUUUUAUUGUCGUUGCUUAUGUUAGUUUUAAGAUAGUCAAAAUUCUAUUUAAAUUGGAGGACUUUAUUCAUUUUUUGUGUGUGAGAAGUGAGAGUGUCAUCUUGAGUGGCAAAGAUUACUGUCAAACUGUUCUGCAAUUCGAAUUAUUCACACGUCAAGCUCAGCAGCCCAUCUUCACCUCCGAUGUUUCCAACCAAGAGAGAAUACGAGAAUACGAUGAUGAUGACGACACAAACUAG